AUGGCCACAACGACGACCAGCCGGCUGCCGUUUGUGCUGGCAGACGCGAGUCUGCUGCAGACGCAGUGCUACAUUGACGGUGCGUGGACGAGCAGCAGCAGCGGGGCGACGUUUGGGGUAGAGGAUCCGGGAACGGGGCAGGAGUGGGCGCGCUGUGCGGACGCGGGCACGGUUGAGGUGGCGGCCGCCGUUGCGUCGAGCGCGGCAGCGUUUGGGCAGUACCGGAAGACGACGCCACGGCAGCGGGCGCAGUGGCUGAUGACGUGGCAGCGGCUGAUGGAGGAAGCACGCGAGGAUCUGGCGACGCUGGUGGUGCACGAGACGGGCAAGCCGCGCGCCGAGGCGCUGGGCGAGCUGGCCUACGCCUGUUCCUUUCCCUGGUGGUUUGCAGGCGAGGCAGAGCGUGUGCAGGGGACCGUGAGCCAGUCAGCGACGGCGGGACGACGCGUGCUGACGCUCAAGCAGCCGAUCGGCGUGGUGGCGGCGCUGGUGCCGUGGAAUCUACCGGUAGCCCUGCUGGUGCGCAAGGCGAGCGGCGCGCUGGCGGCUGGCUGCACGAUGGUGGCCAAACCGUCGCCUGAGACGCCGCUGAGUGCGCUGGCCAUCGCCCUGCUGGCGUCGCGUGCCGGCUUUCCACCGGGCGUGCUCAACGUGGUGCCGGCCGGCCCCGAGAACACGCCGGCCGUGGCCGAGCAGCUCUGUCUGGACGAGCGGAUCCGCAAGGUCACGUUUACCGGCAGCACGCGCGUCGGUCGGAUCAUCGAGGGUCUCUGCGCGCGUGGGCUCAAGAAGACGACGCUCGAGCUGGGCGGCAACUGCCCGCUGAUCGUGUUUGACGAUGCCGACGUCGACCAGGCCGUCGGUCAGCUCAUGGCCCUCAAGUGGAAACACGCCGGCCAGGUCUGCGUCACGGCCAACCGCGUCUACGUCCAGCGUACUGUCUACGAUCGCUUCGUCGCUGCCCUCGUCGCUGCGGCCCGUGAUCAGCUGCGUGUCGGCCAUGGCAGCCAGCCCGGCGUCACGCUUGGACCUGUCACGACGGCCCGCAGUCUCGCCCGGGUCGAGGCUCUCGUACAGGAUGCGCUCGGCCAUGGCGCCCAGACCGUUUUGGGUUCCGGGAAGCGAUGGCAGGAGGACUCGACGACUGCGAAUACGGGCUCCGGCUACUUUAUGGACCCCACCAUCCUCGCGCACGUCACCGACGAUAUGGAGAUGAGCCAGGACGAGGUGUUUGGGCCGCUGCUCGGCGUGGCCGUCUUCGACUCCGAGGACGAGAUCACGCAGCGCGCCAACAAUACCAGCAUGGGCCUGGCCGCCUACGUCUUCACCAAGAACAACUCUGGAAACUCGUCUGCUGCCGAGGCUCCCUUUGGUGGCUUGAAAGACAGCGGUCACGGAAAAGAGAGCGGCAAGGACGUAGCCAUUGACGAAUAUCUGAUCACGAAGACGGGUACCCUGACCGUGGACGGCCAUUACUAG